CAAGGCACACCGGCUACAGCCCAGAUAUUGAUGUCGUUUUUCGUUGCCAUCAACAAGAACACCGGACGUACCUUCAUCCCCCUCAGUAAUCACAGCAGCAGUACCAACAAACCAAAUAAUCAAUCAUGGAGGGCGUCAAACACCAAAAGACAACCUACGCCCUCAAAGGCAAUAAGCCAGCCAUGAUUGGUAAUGUUGGAGGUCAUCAGAAAAAUACAAUCAACAAGCCCGCUACUGCUGCUGCAGUUGCUGAAGGAGAUGGGGUCCGUCGGGUUACUCUGGCCGAGUACAAGCAGGCUGCUCAGUGUCUGGCUGAAGCCUUUGCCGAUGACGAUGUCGCUAAAUACUUCACCGAAGUCCCUGAUCGUGCUCAUUGGACCGAGAAGCAGAAGUGGGACCUUCACGUGAGUAUUCUGGAGUACAUCACGUACGCCCAUAUCCUGAAAGGCUUGGUGCUUGCUGCAGGUCCAGACUACGGAUGUGUCGCCUUAUGGAUGCUCCCAGGUCAGAAUAUGGACGAUUAUUUGACCAUACUGCGUAGUGGAAUGUGGAGACUGUGGUACAAGCUCUCGGCCGAAGGCAAGACUCGCUUCUUCGACGAGUUCUUCCCUCUGCUUCAUGACACCAAGCACGAGGUCAUGGGAGUGCGCGAUGAUGAGUCGUACUAUCUCGUAUACAUCGGCACCAAGCCCGCAGCCCGUGGCAAGGGGCACGCGCGCAAAUGUAUCGAAUAUGUGACCAAGAGCGCAGAUGCCGAGGGUAGAGCUUGCUACCUCGAAAGUAGCAAUGCCGCCAAUCCGGCGAUCUACCGCAAGUAUGGCUUCGAGACCAUUAAGACCAUCCACCUCAAGCGUGCUGAGAAGGUGGUGGAUCUUGACAUCAUGGUCCGCGAGCCCCAGCCUGGAAAGAACCAGUCCUCGUUGAGCCUUGAGAAGGUCGACAGCCUGGUUUCAAACGCCUCGUCCGUAACUCGUCCAGUUUCUGUCUCCAUGAAACUGGGAGGCGAGAAGGAGGCAAUUGCCAGCAUAUCUGUCAUCUGAUGGUAGUUGUGACGUGUGCUUUUGUUUCCGUUGUGUUUCGUGUUUUUGAGUUCCAACCCUCGUCGCUCGUUGUAUUGUCUUAAUUGCUGCAGUCUGACCCCUUUUCAAUCUCUCACUGCUUCCUCUUAGCACGCUUUUUCUUAGCUAAGUUAUACAGUUGUUGCACAGCCCGUCUCACUCUCCUAUUCG